GUGACCAAUUUUGCUCCCAGCUCAGACAACGUCAAUUUCUUGGAUGAUUUCAACAAUUCACUUGUGCGUCUCACACAAGAACUACCAUCGAUUCGUACCGAACUCGUGGAAACGCUGGAUCCUAAUUGUCCGUUGGAUAAGCACAUCAAAUGUGUGCAACUGAUGCAGGAAGCACAAAAGAGCUUGCAAGUCCGUUACACAUUGGAUCAGACAGUCUUGUCCGCUUGCGAGGAUAGUGGCAUAUGUCUGCGUGCAGGUGGCAAUCUGUUAGAUCCGAACUGUGUAGGCUGUUUGUUGAAAGUUCAGUUUCAGACGGUCGAUUUGUCCACACUGAUCGAACAAUUGGAGCGUCAUCGUAAUGAUUUUCAAUCGUUGACUGACCUGAACAAUACGCUCCAAACACUGGCCGGUGUGAUCAAGAAAGCUAUCGAAAAAGACUUAAAUCGUGCAUGGGAUGAUCUGGUCCACUCACCGGAGACACGAGAGAAACUUGCUCGUAGUUUUGAAGGCAGCUUACGUGAGAUCAAACGUGGACUGGCUCUCGUCCGAGAACGAUUGGAGAUACACCAGGAUGUGCAAAGCAGUCAAAUAUUCAUCCAAAUUGUCGAGUUUCAGUUCUACGGCGGCAUCGCCUUGUUGUGCAUCCCGGUCCUCAUAUUCCUGUUGUUCUAUCUGGGUCUAUGCUUCGGUACUUGCGGACAUCGACCAUACGAAGAAGCCGGUGUUUGUAAUCGUGGAGUCGGAGCUAAUCUUCUCCUUGCCGGAGUCGGUUUCGUCUUCCUGUUCUCCACCAUACUCAUGUUCGUCUGCGUGGUUCUCUUUAUGGCUGGUGGUCCUUUGCAAACGGAGUUGUGUCGGUAUUUAACCGGUCAUGUGCCGGAUGGGCCUCGCAAACUGGACGACUACCUGCAUGAAAGUGUACAGUACAUGAUCGAACAGGUUCGCCGUGAAGCUCGCCUGAAUCAGGAACUUGCCGCUGAGCAGAAUGCACAACGAUACACAACAGUUGAUUUGUCCACGGCCGAACUUGUUCGCAAUAUAACCCGAGCUCGAUUGACCGAUGCCAUUCUGACUCGGUGUGAGAAUGAGCCGUUUGUAGAUGCCAUCAGUGGCGGCCAGUUCAUGUGGCCAGCGUUGUAUGAGCCCAUCCAGUCAAUCUUGCAAGAGUUGAUUGAUUCGUUCAAAACGGUGAAUCUUAACAAACCGCUGGAGGACACUAUUCAAUCCUGUUCGGAGACCUUAGAACGCAUCAAGUUUCUGGACUCGGUUAAUUUUUCCAGAGCAAUCAAUCAGGUGAGCAAGCUGAUAGCCACCGCUUAUACGUGUGCAUUGACACUUGUGUAUAUUCUUUCAGGUUCUCUCUCUCCAAAACUCCAUGAUUGGUGUGUUUUACAAACGAUCUCUGGCAUCUAA